AUGACUCUUCGAGUGAAAGGGACCUACAGUGUUUCGGCAGCAGAAAACCCCUCUAGACUGUUGUCCGUCAAAGCCAUCACUUGCAACGUUAUCUUCCUUGACGAUAAGUCUGAAAAUUUUAAACUGGACAAAAAUGCUCGAGGUCAGGUUCUCAUUGAUCUAGUCAAUGAUUUUUUGGAGCUCCUUGAGAGAGAUUUUUUCGGUCUACAAUUCAACGACUUCUCCUGUAAUCCUGGCCCUCUACUUCGGUGGCUGGAACCUACCAAAACCUUAAAAAAGCAACUUAAAGGUGAGUCUAUUAUGUAA